UCCCAUGCUGGGCCGCAAGGGCUCCGCGAGACGCGUCCACAUAUCAGCAAGACCGGGAUGGAGGAGAGAGGCGGAGGGGGAAGAAAGUUCACACCCGAAAAGACCAACUUUCAACAUGACGCUGCACUGACACGCAGUUUUCCAACCACCAACACCACUACUACGACGAGAGCACCGGUGCAAGAUUAAAGUUCGUGAAAAUAUCCUUCACCAUAUUUUUUUCUAGUUUUUUUUUCUUUUCUUUUUAUUUUUUAUUUGCAGCGUGUGCGCGCAAGGCUGGCGGAGGGUCGCGAUCGCUGCGCGCUGAGAUGUUGGAGUGAGUGAGCAUGGCUGCGCAAGUCGCUCCCUCCAGAAAUAACAACAAAACCAAGAAAUUAUCCAGCGGCUUGGGCACGGAGCUCAAUUCGGGGAAAUCCGGAGGAGGAGGAAGCGUACAGCAGCGCGGCGGGCAGAUGCUGGGCGCCGGAGAUGGGACUGUGAAUAAUGUAGACCAUCACCACCGAACGGAGCCUGGCAUGGUGCGUUCAACUUCCGCGGGUCAGGGCAAGGAUGGGAAUAACCUUACAUCGUCAAAUUCCAACGCUUCCUCCAUGGAAACGGGACUGAUUGCCAACCAUAAGGUGAAAUAUGUCGGGAGCGGAGACCCCCCUCAGUCUCAGACACCGCAGCCGCAAUUCGGCCAGUUUGCGCCGCAUCCGCAGCGCCAGAUGCACAGCAACAACAACGGACAGGGACCCCGAGGGACCGUGGACCACCACGGCGGUAAAGAGAACCUUCUGGGGGGUCAAGUGGAGUCACAGCAGCAGGUGCAGGGUAAAGGAGAAGGACAUCUUAAAUCAACAGAGGGGAUGAUGUCUUCAAGGUAUGAUCACUCCAACUUGGGGCCAGCCAGCAACAAUUCAGAGUACAACAACAACUAUUACUCAUCAAGGUCUUACGAGCAACAUGGCGGACAGCAGCAGCAAGGGAUGGGGCUGUCAUCUGCACAUAAUAGCAUGGACAACUCCCAUGAAGCAAGCUUCCAGAACAGCCAGUACAACCAGUACCCUCCCUAUAAUCGGGCACGGUACGGGACCUACGGCAUGAUGAGCCCCACUGGAUGUAGGCAACCUGACAACUUGAUGAUGAGCAGCAACUCCUCGGCAAGCCACAGCAAGUCCACGCAGGGAGCCUCUUCCAGUGGCUUCCAAAGGUUCCCAGGACCAACUCAGCAGCAGCAGCAUCCCUCGGGGGCGACCCCGACCCUCAACCAGCUGCUUACAUCACCAAGUCCCAUGAUGAGGGGCUACGGUGGGGCCUACCAAGACUACAGUGGAUCCUCCACGCAGCAAGGCCUGGGAAAAGAUGUGGGCCCCCAGUAUGGAGCCACCACGACCCACGGCUGGGGAGGGCAGCCCAGGAACCAUCCACAUUCAAUCAGUCCAGGCAAUGGAGGGCAAGGCCUUGGGAGGAGUCAGGUGUCCUCAUUGGACUUCAUGGCAAUGAAGCGCUCGCAACUUUACGGAAUGGCCAAUAAUCCUUACUCGAGCCCACAGCAGCCAGCGGGUGGGCCUUACACUCCUAGCCAGCCGUAUACUCCGCCUCCCUCGCAUCGUUAUCCAAUGAGCAUGCCGGGAAGAGGUCAAAUGGGCAUGGGCGGUAUGCAGUAUCCUCAGCAGCAGGUGGCGCCGUACAGCCAGCAGGGGAUGGCCGGCUACAGCCAGCAGCAGCAGGCCAGCCAGCAGGGAACACCGCCCUAUUUCAGUCCACCUCAACAGACCCCUCCCGGUCCCAACCGGAGCAGUUACCUGCAGUCACGACCACCGCCUCAGGAGUCACAGCAAGAGAAUUAUAGCACCAGAGGUCCAGGCCCAGCAAAUUCUGGGAAGAGCAACAAUGAGGAUGGUGUUUCCUCCCAGGACCGCCCUUCGAGUCUGCCGGAUUUGUCUGGCUCGAUAGAUGACCUCCCCACGGGGACGGAAGCUGGUCUGGUAUCAGCUGUCAGCAGCAGUAGUACCCAAGGAGAGCAAGGAGGCGCCAGCACCCAGAGACAGUCUCCUUUCUCUCCCCACGCCUCGCCACACCUUCAUAGCCAGAGGAGCGGACCUUCACCCUCCCCUGUGGGCUCACCUGCUGGCUCCACUCAGUCCCAACAGUCUCGUUCGGGCUCGGGGCCCAUCUCCCCCGCCAGUGGCCCCACUGCUGGCGCCAACACACCAGGCUCCACCUCUAACCAGCAGAGCUCUGGGAAUGGAUCAGAUGGAUCACGUCCACCAGUCACCCGCUCACCUAUGGCUCAGGAGCGAGGGUUCGUGUCCAACAUGCCAAGGAACCAGGCUGGCUCCCAGUUCCCAUUGUAUCCCGGGAUGGGUCCCUACUCCCAAAGUGGCCCCACGGGCCCUUACGGAGCUCAAGACACCCAGUACGGACAGCAAGGGAACUACCCUCGGCCUUCCAACUACAGUGGCACAAACAACAGUCUGGCAAUGAACUCAAGCAGCCCCAUGCACGGCCACGGCCCUGGUCAGACCAUCCCCGGAGGACGUAAUCAUGGACCGGGAAACCAAAACAGAGGGUAUCCCACCGUGGCACCCAGCUCCCCCAGCAUGCCUCAGCCAGCGGGACCGGGAAUGGGCCCUCCUCCUUUGGGCACUUCCAACCGCAAGACACUGGAGGUGGCAGCAGCAGCCCCCAUGCCAGGCCCAAACAAUGCAACGCAUAGCAGGCAGGGCAGCUAUCAAGGACCGAGCGUCAGCCAGCCAAGCACCACAGUUCCCUACAGCCGACCAGCGGGCAACAAUGUUUCAGCCAUGGGCAACGCACAAGGUCCAGCCUACAGUGUGCUGCCUUCAGAAAUGAAUGAAUCGCACAAAAACAGCAGCGGCGGAAGCAGCAAAUCACUUGAGAGAGCAUCGAGCGAUCAUGGAGCCAUUGGAAUGGCUGGGGAUAGGGUGAUGAGUCCAGAUGUGAAAAUGAAAGCAGAUGCAAAAGAUGACAAUGGCCCCGCCAACGACACUCACAAGCCAAAGUUACAAGACGGUCACACUAACAGCACCUCCGGCCCCCAGCAGUGUGCGUCUCAGCCGACCACGCCAAGCAGCGCUCUGCCGGUCCCCUCCCCACUGUCGCCCAGCCCAGCCAGUUUGUCCUCCUACCACGGAGAUGAUAGCGACAGCAUAAGCAGCCCUCCUUGGCCAAUCAAGGCCCCUCCAAGUCCAAAAGCCAACCCAAACUCAUCAUCGUCCAGUGGCGAGCGAGUCUCGCGAUUAUACGAGCUGGGUGUAGAGCCAGAGCGGCGGAUGUGGGUGGAGCGUUAUCUGUCCUUCAUGGAGGAGAGAGGAACGCCUGUUUCCCAGCUGCCUAUUGUUGGGAAGAAACCUUUGGAUCUCUGGAAACUCUACAUUGCUGUUCGGGAGAUUGGAGGCCUUGCCAUGGUAAACAAGAACAAGAAAUGGCGGGAGCUGUCCAACACGCUGAGUGUGGGAACAUCAACCAGCUCAGCAAGCUCACUCAAGAAGCAUUAUAUCCAGUUCCUGUUUGCCUAUGAGUGUAAAAUGGAGCGAGGCGAAGAGCCUCCAGCCGACAGCAGCAGCAGCAGCAGUGGAAGCGUGGCUGCAGGGGACAGCAGGAAGCAAGUCAAGAUCCAGCCUCCAUCACCUGCUAACUCAGGCGGCUCCCUCCAAGGUCCACAGACACCGCAAUCUUCUGGCAGCAGCUCCAUUGCAGAAGGUGCAGGGGACCUUUUACCCCCCACCCGUGCUACCACCCCUCUUGGACAGGGCACACCUGUGGCUCCAAACAGGAGCAGCGUGAGUGUGCAGGAUCCUUUCUCAGAAGUCAGCGACCCAGCCUUCCAGAAGCGUGCUGCCUCUCUGCCACCCUCUGCGCCAUACCAGCAAGGCCUCAGCAUGCCUGACAUGAUGAUGAGGAUGCAAUACGAUGCCAAGGAUCCCUUCGCUGGCAUGAGGAAGAUGGCAGGAGCGGAUCCCUACAUGCCUGGCCAGAUGCCUCCUGGAGGUGUGCAGGAAAUGUACGGACGACCCACAGCAGCACUUAGCCUGAGUCAACGGUCGCAGUACCCAUACGGACCAGGCUAUAACAGAAGACCGGACCACUUGAUGGGGAUGGAGGGCGGCCUGGGUCCCCCUGGAAAUCAGAACAGCAUGGCACCUCACAAUGAGAGUAGCAUGUAUUCUUCCAACAGAUACCCUUCACAGCAGAGACAUGAUGGCUACAGUCCGCAGUAUCCCGGCAUGCCGUAUGGAAUGCAUCCUUCUGGGAUGUACCAACAGCCACAGCAGGGCUACAAACGAUCCAUGGAUGGUAUAUAUGGUCCUCCACCCAAGAGGCAUGAGAGUGAGAUGUACGGAAUGCCGUAUUCCAACCAGCAGGCAGACAUGUAUAACCACUAUGGCGGGGGCUAUUCAGGCUCAGAUCACAGAGCCAUCCAAGGACAGUUCCCUUACCCUUAUCCCCGCGAUCGUAUGAGUUCUUCAAUGCCAGGCCAGCAUGGAAUGAUGGGUGGGGGGCCGCCUCCUAACCACACGGCUGAUGGUCCCAACAUGUGGCCAUCCAGGACAGACCUCAGUUAUCCCUAUCCCAAUCGACAAGGACACCCCUCUCAAAUGACCCCUUACGGCUCAAUUGGCAGAGAAGACAUGGAUGGGCGCCCGGGGCAAGAUCACUGGCACCGGCAAUCUCCUUAUAUGUCAUCAACAGGCGGUAUGCCUCCCUUUUCAUCACGCCACCCUCCAUCGUCGUAUUCAAAUUCACAAUCCAUGGCAAACCACCUGCCCAGAGCCCCCAGUCCAGGAGCUUUCCAACGCUCCUUGGACUCACGCGUGUCACCCAGCAAAGCAGCUUUCCUGUCAGCCAUGAAGAUGUCAAAGCCUGGGAUGUCCAUGAUGGGCUCUCAGGGAUGCGGACCUCUGAGUCAGUUCCCUCACAACCUGAGGAGGGACCUCAACCAUCCACUUGGAGCCGUGGAGGGCACCAUGCCAAUUCUCAGACCUCGACGCAAGCUUACCUCCAAGGACACAGGAAUGCCUGAGGCCUGGCGUGUGAUGAUGUCUCUAAAGUCUGGCCUCCUAGCAGAGAGUACAUGGGCGCUUGAUACCAUCAACAUUCUGCUUUAUGAUGACAGCACCGUUGCUUCAUUUAACCUCUCUCAGUUGCCAGGGUUCCUGGAGCUCAUUGUUGAGUACUUCCGCCGUUGCCUGAUUGAGAUCUUUGGCAUCCUGCAAGAGUUUGAAGUGGGACCGGUGACAAAAGAAAGCUUGCUGGACCACAACUCUAACCAGAAGAAAGAAACUAUCAUGAACAAUGCAAUGGUACAAUCUACAUCUGAGUCCAUCCCAACUUUGAAGAUGCCAGAGGACCUACCAGGAAACACUAUGAAGGAAUAUCUUGAUGUUUCUGGAGAGCCUCUCUCACCUAAAGGGAUGAAUAAACCUGAUCAGUGCUUAAAAAAGGAUGAAGACAAAGAAAAGAAGGCAGAAAUUAAACGCGAGUGUGAUGCUGAGCUGCUUCUUACUGAGCUGGAACCAAAACUCCAACAAGCUAGCAAAUACGACAAGUUCCCAGUAACCAUUGUUGACAAAGACGUUAAAGAUAUGACAGAUGACCUGGUUGACGAGUUCACCAGUGGGCUGCUCCACUGGCAGGGUGGCGGGGGCGACACUACAGCUCACAUACAGACGUACUUUGAGCCCCGCUGUGAUCCACCUACCAGAGCGGAGGGUAAGAUGCUCAUAGAAAACAAGGAGGACGAUGAGAAGGAGCAACCGAGAAACCGUAUCACGGCCACCAUAGACGACGUCCUGUGCGCGCGGGUUGACGCCCUGUCGAACGCACACCCUGCUCGCUCGCUGCCGUCCUACCCUUUCAGGGUGCAUCCAGAUGGUGAACAGGACCACAUCACCUUGCUGGAAGAUGAACCACGCUGCCUGGACGAAACCCCGCUGUCCACAAGCUCACCCUGGCAGGACUCGUUGGCCAAACGCUGCCUCUGCAUCUCCAACAUUGUCCGCAGCUUGUCCUUCAUCCCGGGGAACGACUCGGAUAUGUCGAGACACCCAGCCCUGGUUCUUCUUCUGGGUAGGCUCUUGUUGCUGCACCAUCAGCACCCUGAGAGGACCAGGUUGUCCUCCAGCUAUCAAAGAGAUGAGCAGCAGGACAAGGGGCUGUCGAGCAGUCAAUACGAGUGGUGGUGGGAGUGUCUGAGUCAGCUCAGGGAGAAUGCGAUGGUAACGCUAGCUAAUAUCGCAGGCCAGCUGGAUCUCUCCACUUACACCGAUACCAUCUGCCUCCCCAUCCUGGAUGGCCUCCUCCACUGGAUGGUGUGCCCUUCAGCUGAAGCCCAGGACCCCUUCCCUUCGGCAGUGGCCUACUCCCAGCUGACUCCUCAGAGGCUGGUUCUGGAGUGCCUUUGCAAGCUGAGCAUCCAGGAAGGAAACGUGGAUCUCCUCCUCGCCACGCCGCCUUUCAGUCGACAAGAGAAACUCUUCACGGUGCUGGUCCGCUACGUAGGGCAGAGAAAGGCUCAAGUGUAUAGAGAGAUGGCGGUGGCCAUCACCUCUCACCUGGCACAAGGAGAUCCCACCGCGGCUCGUGUCAUAGCCAUGCAGAAAGGCAGCGUGGGUAAUUUGGUCGGCUUUUUAGAAGAUGGCGUCAGCAUGGCACAAUACCACCAUAACCCUCACAGCUUAUUGCACAUGGGACACCCUCACAUGGAUCCACCCAGCGUGAGCAUGUUGUGUAGAGCAGCCAAAGGCCUGUUGGCCAUGGCCAAAGUGGAGGAGAACAAAACGGAGUUUGUCCUCUACGAAAGCAGAUUGUUAGACAUUUCUAUUUCUUCCGUACUGAACGCUGCAGUGGUGGCGAUUAUUUGCCAGGUUCUCUUUCACUUGGGGAAGUUAUGACAGGAGGACUUUGUUGGCAAACAUUAAGCUGGACAAUUCACUUGUUUUGCUAUUUUUAUUCAUCAAACUGAUCAAACAUGUUUUUUUUUAUUCCACUUAAACAGAAUAUCUAUGUAUGACCUCUCAGCCCUGUUGAAUGUGGGUUUGGGGUUUCAUUUUAAUACAAAUAUUUAAUACCUGCUGGUGUUGGUCGUUGAUAUUAUGUUUGACAUUUUGUUUACUUUUUUCACGCAAAGCUACCGCCAGAUUUUGGUGCUGACCUAUGUCGAGGAGUUUGUUUUCGGUUUUAUAAAAGCUAAAAUAUGCUCAUCUACUUUUUGUUAUUGGAGAGUAUUUAUUUUAAAAAUGUGACACUGUACAGGAGUUUUAACUUUUUUGUCAGCACUUGUGGAAAAAUAACACACUGACUGUUUGAAUUGAAAUCUUUAUGUCUCGGUCGCUGGAAGAGAACUUGUGCAAUAGGACUAGAACAAGUGGUCCCUUCUAUGAACCAGAUAUUGAAAAACACACCUGCAGUGUGUAUUUUAGGCCACAAGGGGGCAGCUUGCACGCGCCAAUCAACUUGAGAAAAGUGCAACUGUCAAAAAGAAACGUCUAAUUUAUUAAUCAUUGCCUCAACGACUUUGGAACUUUUAUCUCAUCUACGCUUGUUUCAUCUUGUCUGUGUUAUUUCAUUACUGUAUACAAACUGUACAAUGGAGGCACAUGAUUCUGUCCAUCUCAAUCAAGCAUAGCAAGAACUGGGACGAUUAACAAAUGCUUUUAUUGUUGUUAAACAUUUGUUAUUGUUAUUAUGAAUAUUUUGUUAAUGGGGUCUGACAUUUGAAAAUGGUAACCAAUGUUUCAAUGUAAAAAAACAAAAAAAAUACAAAUAAAAGCCUGUAUGCAUUGUAUUAUAGCUGAGAAAACAAUCGCUUUGGUAAUCAAAACAAAAGUGCCAGGGUGAGAGGAUAUAUAUAAGUGAGGUUACAUUAAAAAAAAAAGUAAACAUAUUUCUUUUUGUUAAUGUCCUCCAUUCACAUUAGCGGGCAUAUUUUGGAAUGCCCUGUAAAAGAAAUGUGUUGGAAAACUUCAAAAUGCUCAUUGUAAAAUUUGCCUUUUUCGUAUGACUUCAGUAUGUCUCUUUUAUCUGGUAUAUACAUUUAUACUCUGUGCUGCACAUGUCACAAAUAAAUGUACUAUGGACAUCACCAAGCAUCACAGAUACUGCAUUAUGGUCAGACAAUCUACAGGCCAAUAAAACAUUAGCUAUCUACAGCGGUGUCAAGUUUAAGUUACCAUCCUCUUAUAACUGGGGGCCAUAACAUGUCAUUGUGAGAUUUCAAUUGUGUUUUUAUUAAACACAUGACUAAGGCUGCUCAACUAUCCAUCCAUUUUCUAAACAGCUUGUCUUCACAAUCAUGAGGACGAUUUUGGCUGUCACCUAUCAAAUAAACCUCACUAAUGUUGCUCA